CCCGAACAAGAGCAGUAGCCCGGUUUCUUUUUUUGGCUGUCCCUCCUUUCUCUUCGCAUCGCUUGGUAGUGGAGUCUUUAUUUUGAAUAUCAUUCUUAGUGAUAUUACUCCCAAUCAACCUGGCCAUGGCUUCCCCCCGACUCUUCCGACCAGCAGCCCGCCUGCUUUCUUCGCGCCUAUCCGCGACGGCCGCCCGUCCUGCAUUCCCUCAGAUUGCCUGCACACCCUCUAUUCUUCGCUUCCGUGGCUAUGGCACAGAGACUGGAACCAAGGAUGUCACCGUACGCGAUGCUUUGAACGAGGCUCUCGCAGAAGAACUGGAGCGCAACCAAAAGACAUUUAUCUUGGGUGAGGAGGUUGCACAGUAUAACGGAGCUUACAAAGUUACCAGAGGCCUUCUGGACCGCUUCGGCCCCAAGCGGGUCAUUGAUACACCCAUUACGGAGGCAGGCUUUUGCGGUCUUGCAGUCGGAGCUGCUCUAGCUGGAUUGCACCCCAUUUGUGAAUUCAUGACCUUCAACUUUGCGAUGCAGGCCAUUGACCAGAUUAUCAACUCCGCCGCUAAAACACACUACAUGUCCGGUGGUAUUCAGCCUUGCAACAUUACCUUCCGUGGUCCUAACGGUUUUGCCGCCGGUGUCGCGGCACAGCACUCCCAGGACUACUCCGCUUGGUAUGGCAGCAUUCCUGGGUUGAAGGUUGUGGCUCCUUGGAGCGCUGAGGAUGCCAAGGGAUUGUUGAAGGCCGCUAUUCGCGACCCCAACCCUGUCUGUGUCCUGGAGAAUGAGCUGCUCUACGGCCAAUCCUUCCCCAUGUCCGAGGCUGCGCAGAAGGACGACUUUGUCCUUCCAAUUGGUAAGGCUAAGAUCGAGCGUCCGGGCAAGGACUUGACUAUCGUUUCCCUCUCGCGCUGUGUUGGACAGUCUCUCUCUGCUGCUGCUGAGCUGAAGCAGAAGUACGGCGUUGAAGCUGAGGUGGUCAACCUUCGUUCCGUCAAGCCUCUGGAUGUUGAGACGAUCAUCCAGUCUCUUAAGAAGACUGGUCGCCUAAUGUGCGUUGAAUCCGGGUUCCCCAUGUUCGGUGUUAGCUCCGAAAUUCUUGCUCUGUCCAUGGAGUAUGGCUUCGACUACCUGACAGCCCCUGCCCUCCGUGUCACUGGUGCUGAGGUGCCUACUCCUUACGCCGUCGGAUUGGAGACAAUGAGCUUCCCCCAGGAAGAUACCAUCGUUGGUCAGGCUGCCAAGCUCCUGCGAUUGUAAAUUCUCCAUUCGUGAGGUUUUGAAUGGGAUGGAGGGGUUUGCAGCGUAAUGCAUUGUUACGUUGCAUGUCGUGGUUGCGGUUUUCUUUCCUAGCUUGAAUAGGUUUAUGAUUUCUGUACUAUUAUCUUGAGCAUCGUUUUUAGACCAAAAUUCAGAGCAUACUAUUACAGCAAACCCUAGGCGAAUUUCUUCAUGAGCCACAACCGUAUAUUAGCUGCUAUGGUAGAGAUAAACGAUAAGAGGUUGAUGCAUCCAAUU